AUGGUUCAGGCGCUGGCUAUGGCUCUGGCUCUGGCUCAGGCUCAGGCUCAGGCUACGGUUCGGGCGCUGGUGGUGGUCAGGGCGGAGGUUAUGGCAGUGGCGGAGGCGGUGGAGGCGGCGGCGGAAUGGGCUCUGGCACGGGCUCCGGCUCCGGCUACGGUUCCGGUUCCGGUUCUGGCUACGGUAGCGGUGGAGGAAAUGGCCACCACUAGAUUUACGCAAUACAGAUGUUGGAAGGUAGCAGGAAUAAGAGCUUUAAGGUUGUAUCAGCAGAAGUCCAAUCCCUUACUGGAACUAGCGCCGGAGGUGUCGGAGGCGGGGGUGGAGGAGGUGAAACUGGUCGUGCGUCCGGAUAUGGCUCCGGCUACGGCGCUGGAUAUGGUGAGGGUGCCGGUGGGGGCGACUGCUGGAGGGUACGGCAAAAGAGGAGGCGGUGGCGGAGCUGGUCAUGGGUCCGGAUAUGGACCUGGGUAUGGCUCUGGUUAUGAUGAGGGUGCCGGUGGGGGCAGUGCUGGAGGGUACGGAAAAGGAGGCGGCGGCGGUGGAGAAGGGAGCGGUGAAGGUUCUGGUUAUGGAGCUGGGAAUGGUUAUGGAUCCGGUUAUGGUGAGGGUGCCAGUGGAGGGAGUGCCGGAGGGUACGGCAGAGGAGGAGGAGGAGGAGAUGGCGGUGGCGGGGGAAAAGGGGGAGGUGCCGGCUCUAGCUCUGGUUAUGGGCGUGGGUAUGGCUCUGGUUAUGGUGAGGGUGCUGGUGCCGGGAACGCUGGAGGAUACGGCAAGGGCAGCGGAGGCGGCGGUGGUGGCGGCGAGAAAAUAUUGUGA